AUGAUAUUAGAAAAUCCAAGUAAAAUCAAAUGGAAAUAAUAAUACAUAAAAAAGUACAGAGCCUUGUUGGGAAUUUCAAAUCUCAAAGUAAUACCUCCAGAACCUACAGAAAAUAAUAUCACUCCAUUGCAUCUAGAUUAUAUUAAUAAGUAGAGAUCAAAAUCGUUAAAAUAAAAUGACGAGAGUAUCUUACAAAGUUCAGAUAGAAGAUCUUUACAUACAAAAAUUUAUACUGCAUGUGAAAUGAACUAAAUUAUUAAUCAUGCAAGAAUUUGUGGAUUAUUGAAUGAUAAAUAAAGUUUGAAUUCUUAAAAUAAAUAAAAUCAAAGUUUAUUAGAAUAAAAUAGAAAAUACUUCUAAGAUGUUCGAAAUCUAGAAAACAGUUGGAAUUACAAAAGAAUACGUUAAGAAGAACAAAAUAGGUUAUUCAAUUCCAUACCUAUGGAAUAACAUUAUAAAAUUAAACUGAAAUAAAAAGAGACACAUUUAAACAUACAAUAAUUAAUUUAAGAAUAACGUACUUUGUUUUUAACUAAUAACACGCAAUAAAAUCAUGAUUUAUCUGGUUCUAGCUCCCUAGAAUGA